AUGCAGAUGUGGAGUACAGUAGACAACUGGCCUGGCCCGCAUUCUUCCACGGGUCUACAGCAGGUUCUAACAGAUCUUCAACAGACGCAGACAGGCGCGUCAAUGACUCGGACAGCGCCCGAAAACGCUCCGAAAGGUGGACCGAACCGGUCGCAACUAAGUGCUCGUAUUGCUCUUAUCAUUGCUUCGGUUUGGAAACAUGUGUCCGAAGUAAAACUAAACCUUGAGGCCGUUCCGACCUCGGCAAGGUUCCGUGGGAUGUCAAGAUGA